GUCACGGUGUCACAUAUCCGGAGGUGAUAGGGCCAAUUAAAGCGUCGUCACUCUCCCUUCCCGCCUCACUCGCUCGCUCCCUCACUCUCUCUCUCUCUCAGGUGGGCGCGCGCAGUCCCGUGUCCCUCACCGGAGCCGUUGGAUCAGACGCACCGCUAUGUCUCUGCCCGCCGCCGCCUCGCGCCUCUUCAGGAGCGCCCUCCGCGCGCCGCUGCCGCCCGCGGCCAACAUCACGUCCAAGCCCGCCAAACACAACAUCAGCGCCGGGGAGCAGGCCAUCGCCAUGACGGUUCUGUUCGCCACCAUCCUGGGUCCGUCCGGAUGGAUCCUGGCUCACCUGGAGGACUACAAGAGCAAGAAGUAGAAGAACGCAGAGGGGAACUGUCGAGAUGACCUCCGACCUUCCUCAGGCGCCGUGGCGACGGCGCUCCCUCUCAGCCCGCAGCCUGCACUCAAUUCCGUCUCCAAUAAAUCCAUGUUCAGUGUGUGUGGUGUUGAAGAGUUCCUGUGUACGUCUCGAACAACAGGUUGUUAUUGUCCAGAAUGAAAAGAAGAGACUUACAGCAGAAAGGAGCAGCUGAGAUCAGAUUCAUCUGACCGGAUGAAGUAACAAAAUAAAAAAAGAAAUAUAUAUAAUGCUUUUUAAAUCAUCUGGGACAGAUCCAAGGUGAAAAAUGAGUGUAAUUUCCUUUUCUUUUAAUUGAUUGCUGUAUUGCAAUCAUAACAGAUAACAGACAGACUGGACAGACUGGUUAAUAAACCAAUAAAGAAGUGGGAUUAAUCCAAAGUAAAGAAGUUCCACAGCAGGGCCACCGUUUGACAGUAAUCCUCCAUAAUCUGGGUUUAUUUAGGUCCCUGUGUUUCCAUUCUCCUGAUCAACACACUGCAGGGGUCACCGAGAAAGACGCCAUGAAAGAUAACAGAGCAGCAUUAAGGCUGAGAGCCAGGCUGCCAGGAGAGAAGCAGCUCUACUGUCAUUCAAGAAACCAAACCUGGAUACAUGGCAGCAUCUCUCGUAGCAGCUAUGAAAGAAAAAAAAAAAGAUUUGACUUAUAAAUAACAUACAUGCAGCAACAGUUAUAUUUAAGUGUUUU